AUGUCUGACCGCGAGUUUGGCGGCAACGACGACCUGUCGCUGCCCAAAGCGACCGUCCAAAAGAUUGUUCAAGACAUCCUCGCCAGCGAACCUGGCAUGACGUUUGCCAAAGAUUCGCGCGACCUCUUGAUCGAGUGCUGUGUCGAGUUCAUCACGCUCAUCUCAUCUGAAGCCAACGAAAUCGCCGAAAAAGACGCCAAGAAGACAAUAGCCUGCGAACACGUCAAGGCUGCCCUGGAAGAGCUCGACUUUGGCGACUACGUCCCCGCAAUCCUCGAGGUGGCUCAAGACUAUAAGAAGCAGCAGCAGAAUCGCGAAAAGAAGCAGACCAAGAUUGAGCAGAGUGGCAUGACAGAGGAACAGCUCAUCGCUGCGCAGGAAGAGCUCUUCAAGAACGCUACGAGCAAGUUCAACGCGCCGCCUGCGCAGUAG